AUGGGUACUCAGCACCGGAGCAAGGCCGCGUUUGGCCUCAACACCUUCGAGUUCGUCGUCUACGAGCUCGACUUCGUCUUCUUCGGCUCCGGAGGUCCGGCGAAGCGAAGGAGGACGCGACUCACCCCCAAGCAGCAAGGCGGAUGGCUGCGGCUCCAGGAGGAGUUGGCCGCCGAGCGCGAGAAGAAGGUCCGGCUGGACUGGUACCUCAAGGAGCUGCUGGUCGAGAUGGAGAACCUCAUCGCCCAGGAGCGCGAGGCCCGGGCGGACCAGGGCCAGGGCACCGGGGCGGGCGAGUGGGUCGAGGGCGCCCGCUACAAUGUCAAGCUUCGGACUUAUAAGCAAUAUUGUGGGUUUGACUCCGGCACGACGAUCCUCGACCACAGCGCCGACGUGCCUCUGGUGCGGAUCAAGCCCGAGCCGACCUACGAGCACGACGGCGAUGACGCGGCGGGCGCCUACGAAGACUUCCUCGCCCUCUCCGUUGACGACCUCACCUCGACCGUCGCGAUGGGAAGCGGCCACGCGCCGCAUGUGGCGUCGACACAUUUAUUUGUCACGCAGCAUUCGUCGGUCAAGUCCGAACCGUCGCCUGCCGAGAGCACGUGCCCGCCGACCACGACGGCCAACGCAGAGGGCGAAGGGACAGCGCUCGAAGCGCUGUUCGAGUCGAGCGAGGGACUGGACGUGAGCCACUUCCUCAACUUCGAAGACGACGACUGCCAUGACUACAACAUGCACUCCGGAGACGACUCGCAGUCGCAGCAGGAGUGCACAUCGUCGGACGACGAGGCCGCGGGCUACACGAGCUCGCCAUCGAUCGACUUUGGCGUGGUGGCCGGCGGUGCCGGCGCCGGUAUGGGAUUCGAGUCGUGGGACGAGAUCGAGCUGCCCAAGUUCGGCAGCGCCAAGACCCAGGAGGAAAGAACGAAAGCGAUGGGCGCAGAGACGAACAACAAGAACGAAAGCGAGCGAAGGGGCGAAGAGAAGGGGCACAUGAUGAUGGAGAAGACGGAGGAGGUGAAGACAGAAGGAGACGGCGGAAGUUCAGAUUGGGCGUUCUGGUCGAUCGAUGUCCUGCCCGCUCUGGGCUUCUGA